UUCUCGAUCCGUUUUAGGUUUUAUUGUGUGGAUCUCCUUCGUAUUCAAAAUCCUCUUUUUUCUCGAUUGGAAAAUUCUACCCCUUUUGCUCUGUUUUGAAUUCGGCUCUGUUCUCUCCUACCAUACAGACACAACAUUGGUUUCUGCAAAAACAAAAACAUUGUCUUCGUUGUAUUUGGGAGUGUGUUAAAUGUGAAAAUACUAGUACUAUUACGAACGACAUGUCUUGAAUUGGUUCCAUUUUUGUUUAUACGCGUGAUUUGGUCAAAUAUUUUUGAGUGAUUACGCUGUUUUUUUUAUAAUUGUCGGUAGACAGAAGACUCUUUUUAAAAAAGUAAAUGAGUUUAGCUGUCCUAAAGAAGAAGGCAGUUUGAAAAUUUCGGUACUUGUCAAAAUCAGUGGCUCCUUUUUCCUAUAUAUGCAUUAAACAACAGGAUGGGUUACACAUGACUCUCUUUUUUGACUUUUCUGUGUUCUUCUUGUUUCCUCUCCCCCUCUACUUUUGCUUUAAUGCCAACAUUAAAUUACACCCUCUGUGAUGGAUACACCAAAAAGAUUACUAAACCUUGGAUUUUGCGUGAUCCUGGUACAUGUUUUGUGGUAAUAAGCUGAAGAUCUAGUAGAGAUGAUAAGCUUUCAGGGAGCCUACUUUUAAUGGAUGCUUUACAAACAAGCAGUGACAAGAAAACACUAAAGAAGUGGUUUUUCAUUGACAAGAGAGUUGGAUAAAGAAGAUAACGCAAGUGUGUUUUAGAAGAAAAGCCAUCGAAUUUAAUUUGUAAUUGUUUGUAGUUCGAUGGAUUUGAAUAUAAGUAAGACCAACCCUGUUCUUACUGACCCUACUACACCAGUCAACAAAUCAAGACUCGGAUCAUCCUUCCCUUCUGGUAGAUUCAUGAUGAAUUCUAGGAAGAAGAUUCCUAAGCUCGACGAUGUUAGAUCCAACGGUUGGUUGGAUGCGAUGAUAUCCUCGUCCCCACCGCGUAAAAGGCUUGUCAAGGAUUUCAACGUUGAGAUUGCUCCUGAAGAUGAUUUUGCUCAACGAGCCUGGAUGCUCAAGUAUCCUUCAGCGAUUAGCUCGUUUGCACAUAUUGCAGCUCAAGCAAAGAACAAGAAGAUAGCUGUGUUUCUAGAUUAUGAUGGAACGCUUUCUCCAAUAGUCGAUGACCCUGAUCGCGCCAUCAUGUCUGAUGCGAUGCGUGCUGCUGUUAAAGAUGUCGCUAAAUACUUCCCAACAGCAAUCAUUAGUGGUAGAAGCCGUGACAAGGUCUACCAAUUGGUAGGACUAACCGAACUCUAUUACGCGGGUAGUCAUGGGAUGGACAUAAUGACUCCUGUAAAUCUAAAUGGGUCGCUUGAAGACCCCAACUGUAUAAAAUCAACUGACCAACAGGAUGAGGAGGUAAAUCUCUUUCAGCCUGCUAAAGAGUUCAUACCCGUCAUCGAAGAGGUAUACAAUAGCCUCGUUGAAAUAACUAAAUGCAUCAAAGGUGCAAAAGUGGAGAACCACAAGUUCUGUGCCUCUGUACAUUACCGUAAUGUUGACGAGAAGGACUGGCCAAUCGUUGCUCAACGCGUUCAUGACCACCUGAAACAAUACCCUCGCCUGCGUCUAACUCACGGGAGAAAGGUUUUGGAGGUUCGUCCUGUGAUCGGGUGGAACAAAGGAAAAGCAGUCGAGUUUCUGUUGGAAUCUCUCGGAUUAAGCAACAACGACGAGUUCCUCCCAAUCUUUAUCGGAGAUGAUAAGACCGAUGAAGAUGCAUUCAAGGUACUGAGGGAAGGGAACAGAGGAUUUGGGAUAUUGGUAUCCUCUGUACCUAAAGAAAGCAAUGCAUUCUACUCUCUUAGAGACCCUUCCGAGGUGAAGAAGUUUCUCAAGACUUUGGUGAAAUGGAAGAAGAUGGAAAACUCUACAUCAAGUUUUUGAUGAUUGUGUAGGAGAAUCAGAAGCUUCGUUCUACACUGCUUUUUUAAAAUGUUCUUUUACCCUUUUAGAUUUCUUUUCUUCUUCUUCUUCAUAAUUUCUACUUUUAUAUCUUAAUUUAUCAUUUUUUCCCAUAUGAUCCGUUAACUAAAGCUGUAUUAAAAAUUAAACUCUUUCGUAAUUUCACAAUUAUCUCA